GGCAGGGGCUGGGGCAGGGGCAGGCGGGGAACGGUAAUUCGUUUGACGGAGCCGCCGACAGCAGCGACUGCAACGGCUCUCCUGGUCUUGCCGGCCUGGGGGCAAGUACUGCAGGAGCGGCAGAGGGGGAGGCAGCGGCCGCUGACGGCGUGCGAGGGUGUCCCGUAGUCUCACCUUGCAGCGACGCUAACAACAACAGCAGCAGCUGUGGCGGUGGCGGUGGCAGCAGCCACAACACCAAUGGCGUGAGCAGCAGCUACGGCAAUGGUGGUAGCAGCAGUGGCUGCAAGGCGGUUGUGGAUGGCGGCUUGCUGGCACCGCCGCCCCACCCGCAUGCCGCCUCCUCCGCACCCCCUCCCGGUGACGCGGCUGCUGCCGGGUGGCCCAUGGGUCGCGGCUUCUGUGUGCCGGUGCUGGUGACCGGCGACUUCAACACCAUGCCGGACUCCAAGACGUGUGCGGCCUUCCGCAGGCACCCGCUGGGGCUGAUGUCGCUGUGGGAGCAGCCCCCCCUGGAGCCCUCCCUCGCCGCCAGCUGCAGCGGCAGCGACAUGGACCUGCCCCCGCUGCCCUCGCGACCGCCCCAGCAGCCACACCAGGAGCACCCGCAGCAGCAGCAGCAAGCACAACCACAACAGCAGCAGCAAGCGCAGCAGCAGCAGCCGCAGCAGCAGCAGUUGUCGUCACAGCCACAGCAACCGCAGUCGUCAGCACCGCUUUCACAUGGGGAGGCAGACACACCGCCCCUCCAAGCACCACCCGCAGCACAGCACCCGCAGCACCCGCAGUCCGCCUCCUUGGCAUCCCCUUCCCCCACCAGCCCGCCCCCACCCGCCGCUGCUGCUGCCCCCCCCUCCUGUCGCGGCGAGUUCAGCACCUGGAAGUUCCGACCCAAGGGCGAGUCCAAGCGCAUAUCCGACUACAUCUGGUUCUCGGGCUGCGGGCUGCUGCGGCCGCUGCAGCGCUGGCGCAUGCUGACGGAGGAGGAGAUCGGGCCGGGCGCGCUGCCCUCCUCCUCCUACGCCUCCGACCACGUGUCCCUGUGUUGCGAGUUCGAGUGGGACGGGGAGGCGGACCCGCUGGAAGGGGCGCCGGCGUGUGCUGCGGGCGGCUGGGGGGAGCAGGUGGAGGAG